AUGGGGAACACGAGCAGCCAGGAGCAAAAGCUAAUUGUGAUUAAGCACAGCGUGACUGCAGCCGGUCACGCGGCGGCCCGGCCCUUGACGCGACUGCCGGAGACCCAGCCCUUGUGUCACCCGGCCCAGCCCGGAGGCUCCCCAGCCAACCGGGACUCCCCUGCAGCCGGCCCCGCCCCCUGUCGCGCUGCAGCGCCUGCCGGCCGCGACCAGGGCCGCGCGGACGGCGCCAGACCCAGGCCUCUCCGCCUUGCAGCGCCAGGAGCCCAGCGCCGGGCAGCGGCCACCGGCCGAGCCUGUAGAGUUGAGCAGGUCCCGGAUCUCACCUCCUCUCCGGGUUGGCCCGCCCAAGCGCCGUCCCGGAUGAAGCCACAGUCGGGGCUUCCGGCUCAGGCCGGAAGCGUGCAUGCCCCGCCCCCUCAGACCCCGCCCCCUCGCGACGUCAGCGCGCCUCAGCCCUGUGGUGCCACUUUUACCAGUGCGCCCCGAACAUCUCUAGUUAGGGUGCGGCUGGAGACUGCGGAGGCACUGGUGUUGAGGCGACGCUUCAGAGAGCGCCGCAGCGAUCAGCCGACCGCCAUCCCCCGCGCGCCUCUGCGCAGCCCCGGUAUCCCUCUCGACUGUCCCCAUCCGAGCGGAGGAGAGGCCACCCUCUCGCUCCUUGGCCUGGCCUCCCGGGAAGAAUCGGGAGCGGACCCUGGCGCCUCGGCCGCCGGCGAUGGACACAGACGCGGACAAUUAGAUGACGGCGGGGGGAAGCGGGACCCCGCCGUCCGCUGCGGGGCGCCCGAGGCGGAGAGAGGAGGGUAA